UCUCAGGGAGUAGCGUAUUGCUGAGCAACGGAGGGGGAGAAGGCCGACGCGCGCAGCUAGACUGAACAGCAGCAACGGCAGGGCUGGGCUCUAACACACCUUCAACAGUAACACACACCAGAGAGGAAAAGGGAUGGCCUAGCUGUGUUGUGUUGUUGGCAGUCUAUCGGCAGUGAGCUUCUCGGACCAAAGGUGUGUACCAGAGGCAGAAGCAGAUUGCAGAGAUGAGUGUGACCUCCUGGUUCCUGGUGAGCAGUGGGGGGACUCGUCACAGACUGCCUCGGGAAAUGAUCUUUGUUGGCCGGGAUGAUUGUGAGCUGAUGCUUCAGUCCCGCAGUGUGGAUAAGCAGCAUGCGGUCAUCAACUACGAGGCAGGCACUGAUGAACACAAGGUCAAAGACCUGGGCAGCCUGAAUGGGACUUUCGUAAAUGAUGUCCGCAUUCAGGAGCAGAUGUACAUCACUCUGAAGUUGGAGGACAAGCUGAGGUUUGGAUAUGAUACCAACCUGUUCACGGUGGUGAGGGGAGAGCUUACUGUGCCUGAAGAGGCUUUAAAGCAUGAAAAAUUCACCAGUGGCCUGCAGCUGACCAAGAAGCCAUCUAACGGGGAAACCACUAGCACCACAACCACUAGCAAGUCUCCUGCGAAGACACCCACAAAGGCACUUAAGUCCCCAAGUGGAAGCAGCCCAAGGCCAGCAGAGAGUAGAUCAACAGACGGGGUCCUUUCCUCCAGAGACCUACAAGCUAGACCUGUCGAUUCUCACAAAGCAGAGGAGAGGUUAGGAGGGGAUGUUACAGCACUGCCUCGUGGAACCCCUCUGUACGGCCAGCCUUCUUGGUGGGGGGAUGGGGAUGCAGACGAUGAGAACUCCUUCAAACAGGAAACAAAGCCAUCCAGCAAAAAACAUGAUGACAGCAAAGAGGCACGUAGAGGGGAGAAAGCUAAAGAGGACAGCCUUCAUGCAACCGCCGCCCAUGAUUCCAGUUACUUUGAGCUCCCCACCAAGGAAGGUCACAUGGCCAAUAAUGGCAUCCAUGAGAUUCCCACCAAAGAUACAGAGGGUGGCGCCACUGCAGCAGCUCAGGGUCACGCCUCCUUCACUAUAGAGUUCGACAACACCUCUCCUGGGAAAGUCACCAUUAAAGACCAUGUGUCAAAGUUCACACCAGACCACCCCAGAUCUCGCUCCAAGAAGAGUGGAACUGGAAGUGGAGGAGCAGGAGGGAGAGACUUGAGCACACUGCAAGCCGCUAUGAUGGCAUCGGAAAGCAAGGUAGCAGAUUGGCUGGCCCAGAAUGACCCCACUCUGGUGCGCAGCGAGUCAACGGAGGAUGACAGCAAAAGCAUCAAGAGCGAUGUGCCGGUCCAUCUGAAAAGACUUAAAGGCAGCAAGCAUGAGGAUGGCACCCAGAGUGACUCUGAGAAUGGGCCGGGCCUGCGUUUUGCCAACCGCCGCCAUGCCCUCGAGGAACGCCUGAAAGCAGCACACAGCGGCGUGGGGGGAGGUGUGGGAGGGGGUAACAUCACAGUGAGUGGGUCCAGAGGAACAGGUUCCCGCACUGCCUUCAUGAUCGAGUUCAUUGACGAGGAAAACCCUCGCAAGCGCAGAUCCUAUUCCUUUUCCCAGACUGCACCCCUGCAGGUGGGGGGAACAAGUGGGGAGGGAUUGUGCCCUCAGCCUCCCUCUCACCCAAAGGUGUUCAGCAUUUCCACGUCUUCUGCCUCAGCCUCAGAUUCUGGCAAGGUUCCAGCUCCAAUCCCUGCUACAGUAACUGCAGGUGCCCCUACAGCUGCCCGUGUCCUCCUCAAGCAGAGGUCAGAGGACCUGAGUAUUGGCCGCAGCUCAGUCAGCACAGGGCUGGCGACAGGCAGCCCCACCAGCCCCAGCGAAGACACAUCCAUCGUGGGAAGAGGAGGGGGAACUGCUGGAGGGGAAGCAGAGGACGACCACAGUGACAAGGGGACUUACACUAUUGAACUGGAGAACAGGAAUCCAGAGGAAGAGGAGGCCAGGCGUAUGAUAGAUAAGGUGUUUGGUGUGCAGCAGAGCCAGGACCCCUCUAUUUUGUCAGACCUUAAAGCAGAAGUGAAAGGAAAGGAGACGGGAGAGGCAGGGAAAGAGGCUCAUCCUGGUGACAGGAGCUGGGUCUCUGAGUGGGCCAGUCUGGCAGCCAAUCACACCAGGACAGACCCAGAGGGCUCAGGAGCAGAAACAGCCGCCUUCCUGCACAAAGAGAGAGCUGAUGCCUUUGAGUCUGGGGCAUCCCUCAGCAGAGGUGAAUCCUCCUCCAGUCUGACUGAUCGAAAGCGCAGGACCCUCCCCCAGCUCCCAGUGGAUGACCCCAGGGCUAAAUCCAGCAACAAGGCUCUAGGAGUGAGAUCUGAGAUUGGGGAGAAACAGGAUACUGAACCCCAGGAAAAAGAGAACAAGGGAGACGGGGAGUCCCCGAUUCCCACUGGGGACGCUGAGAUGAUCAGUAAACGGAAGCAAAGCUCCACAUCUUCUCCAUCCAAGACUCCUGCCCGGACCUCUGGCAGUACUGAUCGGAGGAAGAGGUCAGAGGAGCGCAAAGGAGGAGGAGCUGGAGCUGGAGCUGGAGCUGGAGCUGGAGAAGUAGGAGAGAAGUCCGGGAAACCUCUAGUACGACAGGGCAGCUUCACAAUAGAGAAGCCCAGCGCUAAUGUCCCCGCAGAGCUCAUCCCGCGCAUAAACAAAGGCAGCAAUGGGCGUGAACGUAGUGACUCUGUGGGCAGCAUGGAUACUGCCACGCUCCUGAAGGACACUGAAGCUGUCAUGGCAUUCCUGGAGGCCAAGCUAAGAGAUGAAAACAAACUUGACCAGAAAAGUAGUAAAACCACUCAGGGUUCAGGUUCUGGUGUGCCUGGUCGGACUGGCUCCAUCUCUCCUGAGUCGGAUGUGGACACGGCCAGCACAGCUAGCCAUGUAGCUGGAGAGGCAGAGAGGAAAGGAUUAGGUAGUAAUGAACAAAAACGCCGUUCCUUUAGCAGUAUGCAUCGAGAGAAGAGCAACAUGAGCACAACUUCUAGGACCAGCAUCACCAAUGCAAGUGCCCGCGAACGACUUGAGAGGAAGUCUAAAACAAGAACUACAGAAACUACAAGCCGGACUGACACACGCCGCUCUGUUCAGCCUUCCUCUGGCUCUUCCAGAGCACGCCAGCCUUCUCUGGACCUCACCGAUGACGACCAGACUUCCUCAUUCCCUAUCUCCGACAAUUUCUCCUCAGACCAGGAAACCUAUUCUGGACCUUUGGGGCAUUCCAAAUUUGACAGCAGGUCUGCUAAAAACUCCGCCAGUGGAGCCUCCAAAAACAGCCGCACUCUCCAGGCAGCCACAGCCUCCUCCCUCAACAAGCAGGCCUCACUGCCUCAGCCACGGCCAACGAGAGCCUCCCUUCUUCGAAGAGCGAGAUUGGGAGAUACAUCGGACACAGAUCUAGCUGAUGCAGACAGGGUGUCAGUGGCUUCUGAGGUGUCCACGACCAGCUCCACCUCCAAGCCACCAUCCGGUCGGAAGGGAUUGUCAAGACUGGACAUGCUGGCUCAGCCGCGUCGAAACCGUGUGGGCUCCAUCUCAGCUCGCAGUGACUCAGAGUGCACGAUGACACGGAGCUCCACCUCUUCACCUCGCCUGUCCGCUGAGACAGCUCUGCGUCUGGGCCUGCGCUCUUCAACCCCAACAGAAAACAGGCUGACACCAAGGAUGAGGGCCAGCAGUGUGUCUAAACUGAAUGAGGCUAAGACUAAGACCACUUCAGCUGGAUACUGUUCUCCCACAGUGUCCAGUAGCAGCAGAUGGAGACGUCUGCCGCCGGAGUAUGGCUCCACCUCAGAGGAAGAGUUUGGCUCUAAUCGUAAUUCUCCAAAGCACGGCGGACGCUCUCACGUACGGCCUCAUCACCUCGUUCCACACCGCAGCUCAAGACUUAACACCACUGCAAGCCCAGGCUCCAGUGUGGUGACAGGUCCAGGUGGAGUUGGGGUCAAACACCGCAUGAAAGAGCAGGAGGAGUACAUCAGGGAUUGGACAGCACACAGCGAGGAGAUAGCCAGGUUAUUCCCAUGUGUGCGCAGGAUCAGCCAGGACCUGGCUAAGGAUUUGGCCAUCUUGGCUCGUGAGAUACACGAUGUAGCUGGUGAGAUAGACUCGGUCAGCUCAUCUGGCACAGCACCCAGCACCACCGUCAGCACCGCCGCCACCACCCCCGGAUCAGCUAUAGACACCCGGGAAGAGGUAGGCCCUGCACGUCCCACGCAGCCGGAAAUACAGGAGAGCAUGAGAAAGCUGGUGGAUCGGGUGUUUGAUGAGAGCCUCAAUUUCAGGAAGAUCCCUCCUGUGAUUUCAACCAAUAAGGCACCAGAGAUUAACGGCAAGCCGGUUGAGCUCCGCCCCCGUGCUCCUGACACUCUUGAGCCCCGAGCUCUGAGGAGGCGCACCUGGAACCGAGAGGAGGCAGUUUUGGACAGCCUGCUGCUCAACUCAGUUUCUCAGCUCUCCACCAAGAUCAGGUCCUCCAUUGACAAAACAGCAGGAAAAAUCAGAAUAUUAUUCAAGGACAAGGACAGGAACUGGGAUGAAAUUGAGGGCAAACUGCGAUCAGAGAGUGACAUACCGCUCCUGAAAACCUCAAACAAGGAGAUCUCCUCAAUUUUGCUCGAACUGAAGAGAGUUGAAAAGCAGCUUCAAGUCAUCAAUGUUAUGGUAGAUCCAGAUGGGACUUUGGAUGCCCUGGCCAACCUCGGUCUGACCAGCCCCACCACCCCUACUAAACCCCUAACCGCCAAAACAACUUCCCCUUCUGCCACCAGCCCUGGGUUUGCGCUCCAAGCCAAAGAACCACUCCCCGGGGUCUUACCAGGUCCUGGAGGAUCAACAGCCAGCACAGAGUCGACUGUACGAGAUCCUAGCGUGGGUUUGGGGUUAACAGGAGUCGGAGGACUGUCCUUCAACCGCAUACGGCCCAGCGGAGAAGAGGCCAUCGCGCAGAAGUGAACAGAAGGUUUUCCUGCAAUCAUUGUCGUGUGAAUAAAGAAGAGAGAGUCUGGAUUGGAGUGCAGUUGGUGGAUGAUUUGUGUUCACAGCAAUGAAGCAGGCGGGGAAUUAUUUGAACAGCUGCCAUUCUACUCAGUACACCAGUCCAGGAUUAUGAGUGUAAUGUAAACAAACCUUGAAGUAUUAUCAGGCUGAAAAUGAAGCGCUCCAAUACGACAUUUGGACUCAAUGCAAAACCCCAACUGUGUCAUCAUGGAUAAACCUUCUAAGGAAAUUAGCCAAUUAACACAUGGACUGCCACGGUCAACCUAAAAACUCUUCAUGCUAACUUGCCGACCUGACUUCCUGAUAGACAGAAGACUACCUGGCUGCUCUCUCAGUGGACAGAUAUCUGCUUGUACAGUCUCCUUCAGUCUCUUCCUCUUGCCUUUUCCAUGUGUCUGGACCCUACCUACACUAAGGACAUGCCUUAAAACACACCCUCCAUAGUAGCAGCCUCUCUUCCCCUCAAAUAAUAUUCAACUUUAAUAAGACUUUUUAUUGAAGUAUAACAUUAAGAAAAACAAUGCAUUGUAAAAUACUUCCACUGACAUAUUUACUCUAUUGUAUAAUGCAAAAUACCAUGAUGAUUUAUAAGAAGAUAUUUCAGCAGCCUUAAGUAACACAUGCAUCAUCAUCAUUUAUCAGAAGUUUUGAUACUCAGUAACUAACCGUCCAUUGAAGAAUCUCUCAAACUGAAUCUGUUGAAAAGGAAAGUUCAGUGCCUCCUCCCUCCCCCUGUAUGUUUUACUCUCUCCCUUCUUUAUCUCCCUGUAGUUUUACACACAGUGUAUAACUCCAGUAGCAUGUCCAGGACAGAGCUGAGAGCUUUCCUCCUGAGAGUUGGUGUCUGUGUCGAUCGUACUAAUGUUUUUUUUCACUUUAGUUAGAGCAUCCUGGAAACCAAUGAUCAUCUUCACUCAAAGUAAUCACUUACCAAAGUAAACAACAGUAAUGAUGCUGUCAUUUUUUAACAGUUGAGCCAUGUUGAAAUUCAUCUGUUGUGCAAAAUCUUGAGAAACUGUAUUUCAAAUAGUGCAGCUUGUCUCAUAUGUCUCUAACCAUUUCUGCAGUUUCUCUGAAUGUCGACGCCAUUUUUCUGUCAACGAAAUCAAACGCUCAAGAAUUUUAUUUAAUGUAAUGACACUCUAGUUUAAUCUCUGCUGUCAUAGCUUGUGUGGCCUGUGUCAUUGUUGCACUUUGCUUUUAGCAGUACACCCAUUCAAGUGUUCUACUGUAUGAUGUCUAAUUCGUUUUUUUACUUUGGUUGGUCACAGUUGAUGGGACAUGUUUUGAAACUAGCAGAAAGAAAAUUAUAGUUUGAACUAUAUAUUUUAUGACAUUUAGAUACGGUUACUACAAAAUCGCAGAUCUUUCUCUUUAACAAUUGAAGUCACCUGACAUCAAAUUCUUGAGUCCACACAAAACCUGCUGCUGUUUGUUUAAGUUGAAAAGAACACAGGCAACUCACAAAGAGGCCUUUCACUCUUUCAUUUAAUGAAUUUCCAGUAAGUGGAAAUGAACACAUCUUUGAAAAGGAAAUGCUCAUAAUAUCGCCUCAUAUUGGUGUAUAUAAUACUCUAGGGGAAUUGUUCUAUCACCACGAGGAGGAGAAGUUCCUGAAACAGUGGAACUGCAGAGACAGUACAGUUAACCUUUCUCAUUGACUUUGCUGGUUCUCUGGUUACUUCACGGGGACUAACCGUUUGCUGAGUCUCUCAGCGUGUAGUCUGUGUACUAGAGUAAAGCAGUAUAGUAGAAUUUAGAAAUGUUUGCAAUAGUGAGUUUAGGUACCAGGAUACAUGUUCAUUUUCCUCUCUCUCUAUACUGUACUGUAAAAUGAUUUUCAAUGCCUCUAAGUGCCCAUUUCAACUAGUAAAGGGCAUUGAGUAAAAGAAAAUAUGUAAAAACAAAUCUCUUAUUUUGCACAUCAGGCUGUGGUGUUUUUUUCAUACAGAAGAAGUGAAAGGCUGCAUCAGAUGUCAAAUAGCUUGACGAAGAGUAUCACUCUGCCUGAUAUCAGAAGUGACUGCCUUGCCUCUCUGAAACUUUUCUGUUUGUACAAAUGAAGCCUCUAAUCGUGUUUCUUUCCCUCCUCCCUGUUUUAUCAAGAAGUGAAGUUAGGGGACUGUGAAUGCUAGGUACAUGUUUAUUUUUGAAAUUCUAAGUGUCAUCUGAUCAGUGUUCUUUUUUUGUUAUUUUUGUAAAGAAAAAAAACACCAUUUUAUUUAUUUUUUGUUUAAUAUUUUGUGGAUGUUUCAUGUAUUUUAUAUUUGUUCCGACUACCUGCAUUGUUUCUUACUGAUAUUAAAAGAGAGCCAUUCA